CGCGUUUCCUCUCCUCUCACGUCCAGGCCCAGUCGAAAGAUGGCCGCCCGUUUGUCUCACCCGUUCUGACGAAUUGUCUUUCGAUGUAUUUUCAAAACGGCCUUUGUCGGAAUUCGAUCCUCCGCCCGUCCGCCGACGGCUCGGCCCCUUGACGGCCGGGCUCGACCACGACCACCGUCUCAUGUUUGAUCGCAGCGGCGGCUUGAAUUGGAGCCCGAGCCCCACAUCCGAGAUCGACCGGUUCGAACGACUCGGCCCGACCUAGAAAAUAUGGUAAAUGAACAUGUUUUCGACCCUAAAUUGAUCUGGCUUACAUCCGCGACGGCGAGCUUCUGCAUCGUCCUCACCCUCAUCACCUGCCUCUGCGGCUGCAAAAGGAAAAUUCCAAAGAAUGAACUGCUGGGCCUAGCGGGGCUGGUUAAGAUCACGAACCCAGAUGAAAAUGUCAACUUUCAUUCGAGCUCUCAAAAUGUUCAGUUAAAUUCGGUCACAGUCGUUCAGGAUGAAUCUUCUGAAAGGACUGAAACGCACGAUCCUGGAAAAAGAGGUAGCAAUGCACUUGCCACUGCGACUAGAAGUCUCCCUGAUCUUCCUGUAGACUCAGGCGAGGCUUCUGAGAAGUUGUGGGACCCUCCUGAAAACAAUGUAGACACCAACUCCGACCUGUACGCAACAGUCGAAGAUGCCAAUCGUAAAAAGCGAAUUCUGACUAGCGGUCUGACUGUCGACAGCAGCUACACACCGAGCCAGACAGAUGACAGUUUGUCGCCAUAUGCACGGCUCAAAGGAGAGCACCCCUAUGACCAACUGAAGCAAAAUGAACAUCCGUACGCACAAGUCGGACCCAAUGGCACUCUAGCAACACGAGGAGCAAGCACGUCUCAAGAUACAACUGUCAAUUCCACUCCUUCUAGUCGAAGGGGUCUUGAGACGGAGAGGGAUGAUGAAGACAACAAAUCAGCGACACUGUCUGAAAUAACCGAUGAGAUUCCUGCUGCAUCGGCUAUAGCCGGCUCCGUACCGGCGAACCACGACCUGCCGUAUAUGACGCCUCCAAUUCCAAACCCAGUGCAACAACACUUCAGCGGCGAUUCUGUAGACUCUUCGAAGGGUUACACUUCAAUUAGUGUGAGAGAGCCACUUGCAAGGAUAAUGGCAUCAUCAAGGAGGAAUGGAAGUGGUGAUCCACACUAUGCCACAGUUUCGGAUGAUUCAGACGAAAUGUAUGCUGCCAUUGAAGAACACAGAGGGAAUGGGAUUGUAGCUGCUCCACCACCUUAUGACACCGCUGGCGGAGAAUACACCAGUGGGAGUGAGACUUAUGCUCAAAUUGCACCGCCGUCAUCUCACCAUCCUCUAAACCUCACACUGAACUUGAACCUUCAACACCAAGAUUCUGUAUCCAGCGGUGGAAGUGCUGAAUCUCCGAGGAGAGACAGGAGAGUUGCAAAUUCACCUCUUCCGGAGGUGCCCGCCCUUGAUGAUAUGUACGCAAAGGUCAUGAAGAAAGGAAGAUCGCCGACGAGCCCAGAGCCGCCUGACGAACCACCUACAUCAAACACUGGCAGAUGCGACGAACUUCAGAAUAUCCCUGGGUAUGAAACACUCAACACAGAUCCUAAUUAUGAAGAGCUGCAACCUCAGAUAAUCGGACACGAGCCUGACUAUGCUAGCCUCUCACGCCGUUACGAAUCAUCUGUCACUGACCCCAAUUACGAAAGUGUUGGCUCUUCCCUUGAUCCGCCUUAUGAAAGAGUGAAUACGUCGCCGAUGCCGGAAGAUCCUCCUGAUUAUGAGGUUGUUUGCAGCAGACCUGGCCAGCCGGCACUCGAACCCUUUUCCGACCUUUAUGCACAGGUGAACAAAACUUCAGAGAAGAGGCGAUCCUCCUCCCAUGAAUGAACCCCUUCAGUUACGCUUUGUGUGAUAUUAGCCGCUUAAAGUGAUGAUCUAUAGGUGAAAAGUUAUUUUAUUUUUUUUUAAUUGAAGAAAACUUUUCUUGCUAGUGCAAUUAAUAUUAAGAGAUUUUGAUCCGUGGCUCAAACUGCAAACGUCAUUGGCAUUCCAGGCAAAAAGUCUGAUUUUUGGAUAUUUUACUCUAUUGUAAUUUAUUUUUUAUAUUUUUAAAUGUAAUAAAUUUAUUCAUUUAUAUUUAAUUGGGAAAAUAAAUUAUUUUAAUACAAUUUAAACAAAUACUGAAUAUACAAUAGAGGCUUUUAUUGGUUAAAAAUUAAUCAUGUAUGAUCAUUACUGAUAUCAAGAUUCCAUACUCAAAAAUAAUCAAAUGUAUGUCUUCCGCUUUGACAUUUCUUCGAAUUUAAAUCGCCCAAUGGAAAUAACUUAAAUUCAGUAUAAAUUACUAACAAAUGAAAAAA